GCGUCUACCACGUGGUAGACCCGGUCCACAGAAUAGCCCCAUCUCCGUGGCUCCGGGUGGAGACAGAGAUAGAGAGAGCGAGAGAGGUGUCCAACAAUGGCGAGGCCUAAAACCUACUUCGCCCGAGCGCGAGCCCCCGCUCUCAUCUGGAUCUCCUCCGCGAUCCUCUUCUUCCUCGCCCUCCGAUCCGCCAUGGACAACGCCUCCGAUCCCUUCCCCUCCCCCCAUUCCGAACCCUCGAUUACUGCCUUUUCGGAUCAGCGAUCGAGGUUGUAUGAUAAAAUGGCCCGUGAUCUGGAGGAGCACGGCCCGGCGUUCCUGAAGGGCGGGGAGACGUCGCAGUCGCUGUCGCUCUCCGAUCUCUUUGAGUUGAGAAAUGGCGUGGUCACGCCUAUUCUUAAGGCUGCGAAUCCUCCGGUUCGAGCGAACGUGCUUUACCUGAGCCCCGAAUUCGCGAAGCCUAUUUCCGAGGUUGUGAAGGAAAUUUUUCUUCCCUAUUUUGAUGGAGUCAUUUGGUUUCAGAAUACCAGCAUAUAUCACUUCAGCAUGUUCCAUGCCUCCCAUCAUUUAACUCCUGUAAUGGCUACUGAUAGUGAGAUCGAAGCCGAGGUGAAUGCGGUUAAACAAGUCGCGGAAGCUAUUUGCCCUCUAACGAUAGUGUUGGAUCAAGUGGUUUUGACAUCGACUGGUGUGCUUCUCGGUUGUUGGCAGGUUAUCUCUGGUACUGAUCCUGCGGAGAUCCGUGCAAAGUUAAGAAAUGCCCUUCCCCGUGCACCUGAGAAGCAACUGUAUGAUCCUGUUUUGCUUCACACUUCCUUCGCAAGGCUUCUGGGACGCCCUAAGCUCUCAUCGGAGGAGACCAAAAAACCGUUCGAUCAACUCGGUUUCUUUCAUGAGCAGGUCGCACGAGUCAACGAUAAGAUUCGAGGUUUCGAGGCUGCCGUUUCAGAACUGUGGUUUGUAGAAGAAUACGAUGUUCUCGCACUUGCAUUGAAUGGGAGGAUGAAAACAAGGAGGUUUCAUCUCGGCUGCAGCGGUGAUCGAAACCAAUCAACAUAAAAUGAUUACUUUUAACACAAAAUAGUUUGUUGUAUAUUUGUUGUAACUUAUAUAAAUGUUGUCAUAUUAAUCAACAACUAAUAAUCAUGUUGUACAAAAUAUGGGGGAAAUUACUAGUUGGCCUUUUUGAAUGGAAGAGAGUUACAUUUUUCAACUCCA